AUGGUAAAUGAACUUAUUGAUUUAUCGAAAAAUGGUUUCAUGACAGAGUUUGGCAAAAAGUAUGUUGUUGUCAAUGGGUUUUUCUGUGACGCUCCGGCUAAGAGUUACAUACUGAAAACCAAAGGCCAUACAGGUUUUUUUUCCUGUUCAAGGUGUAGUACUGAGGGACUCUAUUUUGAUAAUAGGGUAUGUUUCCCGAAAAUUGAAUUUACCAAAAGAACUCAUUCAGACUUUUUGAAUCGUAUAAAUGAUGAUUAUCAUGUUACUAGUUCUACAACAAUAAUAACUGAAAUUCCGAAUUUAGACAUAAUUUAUAACUUUCCAUUAGACUAUAUGCAUCUUAUAUGCUUGGGAGUAAUGAAAAAAUUAAUUUUAUUAUGGUUAGGUAGUAUUAAAAAAGCACCUCUGUCAAUACGGUUACAUAGUAAAAAAGUACAAACUAUUUCCAAUCAUCUUUGA